AUGUGGAAUGACCCUUGUACACUUCCUCAACAUCCUGUCCCUUCAUUCUUACAAAAUACACAAUUCAUCACCAUUGAUCAUCUUCUGUUCGAAGAAAUGAUUCAUCAAGAUAACGAGUCACAACUGAUAUCGACACAUCAUGAUCAUUUCCCCAUAAUCACCUCACCCUCCUUCAAACACCACGUGUCGGUGACCCCAAUAACCCCCGCCGGCCAAUGUAGCUCAAGGAAUGGAGAAGCAUUCAGUACUACGUCCGAUGAUAGCCACACUAGUAGGUCACCUUCACAUGAAUUCAAGUGGAAAAAUGAAGAAGACAAGUGGCAACAUUUUGUCAAGACGACCUCCGACGAUGAUACAGAACAACAACCUCGUAGGAAAAUCUCUUACUCCUCUAUCUCCGACGAUUCAGACAACGACAAGGUUUUAGCAAAGAAGAACAAACACCAAAGUAGUGGAAAUAAAAAAGUUAGUACUAGUAAAACAAAAUUCCUUAUGAUGAUGAGCACUACGUCCCCAUCAUCAUCAGUGAAUGAAAAUGAGAUUAAUUUUACUAGUAGAAAAGUUAAUUGGGAUUAUUAUGAGAAUAUUGAUAUUACUAAUGAAGAUGAAGAAGACGAGACUGAGACGUUUAUAUCUUCUUCUUGUAAAAGCCAUGUGGAGUUUUCAGAUGAUUCAUCUUCGAAUUUUAGCCAAGAGUUUGAUACAAUUUACAAAAAUACCACUAGAAGGAAUCAAAAAAAGAUUGGCUAUAGCAAGAGAAGAGAUGUCAAAAACACAAGAUCUAACGUUUCAAGGGGCAUGAACAAUAUUGGUAAACGGUUAUCAAUUUCAACGUCAACGACAUCAUCGGACGGUGAGUUACCUCCAAGGUUAUCGGUGUUCAAGAAGUUGAUACCAUGUAAUGUGGAAGGGAAAGUAAAUGAGAGUUUUGCCAUAGUGAAGAAAUCAGAGGACCCGUAUGAAGAUUUCAAAAGUUCGAUGAUGGAAAUGAUUUUAGAGAAAAAAAUGUUUGAGAAAAAUGAUUUGGAGCAACUUUUGCAAUGUUUUUUGUCAUUAAAUGCUAAGAAUUGUCAUGGGGUGAUUGUUGAGGCUUUUUCUGAGAUUUGGAAGACAUUGUUUUCACCCAAUCAUAAUUAAUGUUAGUUGUUAGGAUAAUUUCAAGAA